AACAAUGCAACAUGUGUCCAAGAUCUAUGGCUUGCGACCGUGGAGGGGCUCAAGCAGUGGUUGAAAGAUAAUGAGAGGGAACGAGAGUCGAAGCAGUCACUCAAGGAGGCACUGGUGCAUGCAGUGUGUGAUGCUUCUGACUCCAUUGAGUACGUCAAGAUGGCGCAAGAAGAGGCCAAGUGGAAGCACCCCGAGUUGAGGAAAGUGUUGCGCGUGGGGGGCGUGGGGACGUUUGUGGAUGUACCUGUGGCCUAUGGCGAGGUACCGGGCGCCACUUUGGGACGGACGGCUACAGACGCUGAGCGUCCGCCCGUGGAGGGGGGUGUGGUUGUUGAUACACCGUCAGAUGGCGUGGCGGUUGAGGUGGAGUGGGCGGACGUGGACGAGCUAUGGGGUUACGAUGUGCAUCCGGUCCAUGGCAGCAGGCCCUCCUCUGUGCCGUCCUCGCUCAUAGUGCAUGCGCAUUCCGGGACGGGCGGUACGGCUGGUGAGCGUGUGCCAGCGGGAAGGGCAACGGAAGAGAGUAUUGCUCGUAUUUUGGAUGAGGAUGAUUCUACGGGUGUUGAUGGUGCGGCCAACCCCUCUAAUGCGCUGCCACGGUGGAUGGGGCGACGGAAACGGCAAAGGAACGGGGGAGCUACACAUGCAAGCGAGGAAGAGAUAACGGUGGCUCAGCGAUUCGCCGUCCAUUUCUUUCACGUGAUGAUGCGAUGUGGCACUAGGAAGGCGGCUGGGAACCCGAUGACACCUGAGGAGGUGGCAGAGGAGUUGGGAACGGCAGCAAACCAUUGGGCAGGGGACCAUUCAGGGUGUGCGAGGGCGGGUCAGACUCCGCCUCGCUGUGUAAAAGAGAACUGGGGGCAAGCUCAAGCCAUAUACGAGCCGGAAUCUGCAACACACAAGGCGGUCCAGGCGUGGUUCCGGAAACGGUGUGGGGCGGACAAGGUCAAGUCCUACGUCCAUGGAGCGUGCAGCUCCAUUAAUGAGUCAUUUCAUUCCCUCAUCCUCAAGUACGCCCCUAAGCGCAUUCGGUUCCAAGGAAGCUUUGAGGCACGGGUCGGUCUAGCUGUCCUCCAUUGGAACCACUCCAUGGACAGACUGGUGACUGCUUAUCGCACUCGUGUCCGAGAGGUCACUCGUAUCAGGCGUGGUAGCGCGGAUCGGAGGUUAAGUGCGAUGGAUUGGGAUUGGGUGGAUCGGAUCAUGGACGAGUGGCAAAGAUUCAUGAAUGGUGAGGAAGAGGGUGGGAUCGAGGAGGAUCCACCCAGCAGUGCGCCCCCGGCAGUUCGCCCACGCGCUUCGACGCCUCCACGCACUGCCACGACAAGGCCAGCAGCUCCAAAUGCGGCGCCAUCUACACCAGUGCUCCGCAGUAGGCGGGGUCGCCACGCUGCCUCACCUCGCUCGUUGUCCAGCCGCCGUCGCCUGGCCGACUCCACCAAUCUCCCUUGCUAAACGGGCACGGCCUGUGCCAUGCAGCGGGAAACCCCCCAAACUUCCCUUUCGGCCCCCACGCCUCGCCGGCGCUAAACCAGCAGCAACCCUGCCUACUCUUUAGCCCCCCUCCCUCUGUCUGACAGGCCAAAGUCACGCAUGUUGGCUCCAAGCCAUGGUUCCUCUCAGACCACCGACUCUGCUGCAUACACGUUUUUUGGCAUGCUGGUUCUACAUGCCUAGUCCCAGUGGUUUUAGAUGAACCUAGCGUAUGUUUACUUGCAAGGCAUACAGUGCACGUUGACACCACCCCUGCGUCCAAUACGUACAUGACACAUCCCGUCCAACUGGAUGUUGCACCAACAUGUGUCUCUUGUUCGCCACUUCCAGCCAUGUAUAUGCAUGGCUGAAUAAGGAUAAGCCUGAAUG